AUCACCGACCCGCUCAGUGAUCGUCCGAGGUUCUUAGCGCACAGUUCGCAGGCAGUUCGCGUAGUGGUGAUCGCGGCCGGUUAUUUUUUGUGAUUUUAGUGGGUGUUGUUGUUUCUGCCGUCCCAAUAAGCGACCUCAUUUUUCUGCGGGAGGUGUUCCGGACCGGAGGAACCACCACCGUCCCGACGAUCAGCGGGGUUACGGGCAAUGUGCCCGUGAAGAUCGGUGUGACGUAACCUGAUCGUGUAUCAGUUCAUGGAAGAAAUUUGGCAAACCGUUCGCGAAAAACUGUCCAUCUAACCGUGAAGAGAGCUUCAAGGGUAGCGACAUCUCUCUAUGUUUACGUCGCUACGACUACAACCGCAAGUUCUGCGCAGCUCUUCGUAUCAGCAGACGAAGAUUCUGCCAAAGAAAAGAAAGAAGACGGCUAUGACAACGAUGAUGAUGACCUUUGGGAAACCCGCUCGUUUCCAGCUGUUGACGCUGAGCGCCGUCGUCAUCAACGCGUUGCUGAUGAUCGCUUCCGCACGGGGCCAGCUGUACGUUGGCGAUCCCUGCUCGCAGAAGGAUGGCACGCCCGGUUCCUGCGAAGUGUCCACCAAAUGUCCCUGGUUCAUCGAAAACAUCAUCAAAAAGAAGCGCUACGGCGAUCGAGUCACGUGCGGCUUCGAUGGUCAGGUGGAGGUCAUCUGUUGCAACAAUUCGAUCCCAAUUGGGACGCGAUCGUCAAUAGCGUGCGAUCGAGCUCCGCCCAUCGAGAAUCGGUUGACUUUCCAUAUAAUUGACGGGGAAGAGGCGGAGGACGGCGAGUUUCCGUUUAUGGCCGCGCUGGGAUACGAAAGUGAGGAGAUUCCGAACGGGUACGAUUACCGAUGCGGGGCCAGCAUGAUCUCGGACAGUUUUCUGCUUACGGCGGCCCAUUGCAUUCCCACGAAGAGCCGACCCGUGGUGGCGCUGCUCGGAACGAACGAUCUGGCCGCGGUCAACCCGGGGGUAGUCGUCAUUGCAGGAAUUCUACCCCAUCCAAAGUACCGAACCAGCCAGAGUUACAACGACAUCGCGCUGAUCGAACUGGAACGAUCCGUGAUCAACGAGCCAAACGUGAGUCCAAUCUGUCUGUUUAGCAGUACGAAGGAUCUAGAGGAGUCCGUGACGCUGACGGCGGAAGGUUACGGCAUCGUUGACGUCGAUCGUCAAAUGCGAUCGCAGCACCUGAUGAAGGUCAACCUGACGACGGUGGCGCUGGACAAGUGCAACCAAUCGUUCGCGGACAACAACCUGCUCAAAAACAAUCGGAAGCUCCCGCAAGGACUGAUCGACACGCAGUACUGUGCCACCGGGCGGGAAAACACCGUCACGAAGCAGAUCGGAGACACGUGCCAGGGUGAUUCCGGCGGUCCGCUGCAGAUCGUGCAGGACGAAAAGUACAAGCUGAUCGGAGUGACCUCGUUUGGGAACGGGUGCGGUUCGAACACGCCCAGCGUUUACACCCGCGUUGCGGCCUACAUCGAGUGGAUCGAGUCGGUGGUGUGGGGAAAGUGAGGGUUAUCUGACAUAAGGGUUUAUCGAGUGACUGCAUACGAUACAGGAGAUUAAUGGACAGAUUCAGAAAUAAAAUUGGAUUUCGAUGAUA